CAGUGACGUUGUUGAUAAGUAUUGAUUAAAUUUUUCCUUGUCAUACAGGAAAAAAUGCGUCCACAUCGCGCCACAUCAUCUUAUCUGCUCACUAUUUUAGCUCAGUAGUCACAACAUUUGAGCUACCAAAACAAUGGAGAAACAAGGAUAUGAUCGACAAAGUGAGUUAAAAGCUUUUGAUGAUACAAAAGCUGGUGUAAAGGGACUUGUAGACUCCGGUGUCACCAAAAUCCCUCGAAUAUUUGUACAUAAUCAAGCUCAAAUAAGUCAAAUUCCAUCUUCAAGGCACAGCAAAUCUGGUUUUCCAAGCAUAGACUUGAAAAAUAUUGAUAUCGAUGAGAGUUCGCGUGGCAGAGUUGUUAAAGAAGUUAGAGAUGCUUGUGAGAACUGGGGAUUUUUUCGAGUUGUGAAUCAUGGUGUUCCAGAAAGUGUCAUGGAUGAAAUGAUCGAUGGAAUAGAAACUAAAACCCAACAUAAGUUUCAUGAGCAAGAUACUGAGCUGAAGAAGCUGUUUUAUUCGCGUGAUUUCACGAAAAAGUUUCUGUAUAAUAGCAAUUUUGAUCUUUAUAAAGCACCUGCAGCUAACUGGAGGGAUACUAUCUUCUGUAACAUGGCUCCGGAGCCUCCUCAGCCGGAGGAAAUGCCUGAAGUGUGCAGAGACAUCAUGUUUGAUUACUCAGAGCACAUAAUGAAAAUGGGAAUUACACUGUUGGAACUAUUCUCAGAGGCUCUUGGACUUGAUAGGAACCACUUGAAAGGCAUAGCUUGUGCUGAAGACCUUGGACUUGAUAGGAACCACUUGAAAGACAUAGCUUGUGCUGAAGGCCUUUUCGUAGUUGGCCACUACUACCCUGUAUGCCCUGAACCGACUCUAGCCACCAGCAAUCACUCUGAUAGCGGGUUUUUUACCAUACUCUUGCAAGACAACAUUGGUGGCCUCCAAGUUAUUCAUGACAAUGAGUGGAUCGAUAUCCCUCAUGUCCCCGGAUCUUUAAUAGUAAAUAUUGCAGACCUUUUACAGCUCAUUACUAAUGACAAAUUCAAGAGUGUGAACCACAGAGUAUUAGCACAAAAGAUUGGCCCGAGAAUAUCAGUGGCAAGUUUCUUUAGAACACACUUUCCGGAGGAAAUAGCAUCAAGGUCAUACGGCCCAAUCAAGGAGUUGCUAUCUGAAACAAACCCGCCACGCUAUAGAGAAAUUACUAUCAAAGAGUUCAUCACACACUAUUACAACAAAGGUCUCGAUGGAACCUCUGCACUAUCAGCUUUUAAGUUGACUAAUUUUUGUAUUCCUGUCAUCGAUCUUGAAGGCCUUGAUAAAGAUCAAGAGAGUCAUCAAGAGAUAGUGGAUAAAGUGCGGUGUGCAUCUGAGACAUUUGGUGUUUUCCAAGUUGUGAAUCAUGGGAUUCCAGUGAAUGUAUUAGAAGAGAUGCUUCAUGGAGUACGUAGGUUCUUUGAGCAAGACACUGAGGUGAAGAAAGAGUUUUACACGCGUGACUACACCAAAAAAGUGGCGUAUCAUAGCAAUUUGUAUUUGUUUAGUGCACGCGCUGCUGAUUGGAGGGACACACUUUACUGUGUUAUGGCUCCUCCUCCUGAACCAGAGGAAUUGCCAGCACCAUGCAGAGAUAUCCAGAUGGAUUAUUCAAAACAUGUGAUGAAACUGGGGACAACAUUAUUUGAAUUACUAUCAAAGGCUCUUCAACUGGACCCUAAUCAUCUUCAAGAUAUGGAAUGCGCCAAGGGGCUUACAUCUGCAUGCCAAUACUACCCCCCAUGUCCGCAACCAGAACUCACAUUAGGCACCACCAGACACACGGAUGGUGGUUUUCUCACUGUACUCCUUCAGGAUCAAGUUGGUGGACUCCAAAUUCUUCACCAAGAUCAAUGGAUUGAUGUUCCGCCUUUGCCAGGAUCGCUUGUAGUUAAUGUUGGAGAUCUUUUACAGCUUAUAACUAAUGAUCGCUUUAAAAGCGUGGAGCACAGAGUAGUGUCGAAUGUUAUUGGCCCCAGGGUAUCAGCAGCAUGCUUCUUUAGCACUUCUGUAGUGCCAUCUACUAAGUUAUAUGCACCCAUCAAAGAGUUGGUUUCAGAAGAUAAUCCUCCCAAGUAUAGAGAAACAACUGUUCAAGAAUUUUCAUCAUAUGCCUUUUCAAAAGGGCUUGGUGGGGAAUCUCGAUUGCUGCACUUCAGGCUCUAAACUUCAUCAACCGAGAUGAAAUUCCACACCAGAAUAAAAAAUUAUUGCUAUGAUUGAUUGUAUGGUUUGAAAUGAAUUACUCUGCAAAUUGAGUGAUUGAGAUUUGGGAAUGUUGUGCUUGUUUCAGAACAUGUUUAAGUCGAAUCCAAAGAAUGUAGUUGCAUCAACUGCUAUGUCUACAGAAUAAAAUUCUAAUUCAUGCCUGCCAGUGGAAUUUAAUUUUAAAACCAUAGUCUUAACUGUUAU